AUGGCUGAUAAUAAGGACACGGCCAAGGUGCCAGAGGUGAAACCAGCUGAGACAAAAGUCGCUGUGGAAGGUAAAGCGGUUGAGGUUCCUGCUGCUGCUGCUAAUGGUGCUAAUGGUGCUAAUGGUGCUACUGCUGCUACUACUGCUAACGCUAAAAUCAAUCCACCAAAACCAAAAGGUUAUACAAAUCCUGCAUUCCAAGCUAUGGGUAUCCCUGUUUUAAGACUACCAUCAAGAAAUUGGAUGAUUUUUUGGGCUGUUACUUCAGGUUUAAUUGGUGGUGUAUUAUAUGAUAAAUAUCAACAAUCUCAAAUUAGAUCUAAAUUGUGUGAAAGAGUUGCUAAAUAUGGUGCUAAACCUUUAGGUCCAAAUCAAUUAUCAAGAAAGAUUACCAUAUAUAUUGCACCACCUCCAGAUGAUUAUUUAGAUGAAUCAAUGGCAAUUUUUAGAAAAUAUGUUAAACCAAUUUUGAAUUCUGGUGGUGUUGAUUUCCAAAUUAAAUCUGAAAAUAGACAAGGUGUUAUAAGAAGUACAGUUGCAGCUGAAAUUAGAGAAUUACGUCGUAAUAUCUUGGAAAAUGAAGAGAAUUUAAUCAAAUUACAAAAUGAACAAAAAUGGUAUAAUAGAUUUAAAUCAUAUUUUAAAUCUAAUAAACCAACAAAGGAAAAAAUUGAAGCAUUAGAAUCUAAAAAAUUUACAGAUGAUUUACAAAUGCAAAAUGUUUUAGGUGUUUAUUAUAAUAAUAUUCAUAAAGAUGAUCCAAUCAAAAGUGAAGAAGUUGAUAUCAAAGAUCCAACUUUACAAGGUGGUGUUUUAUGUAUUGGUAGAGGUGCUUAUAAAGAAUAUUUACAUGGAUUACAUGAAGGUUUAUUAGGUCCUUUAGAAAAACCUUUAGAUCAUCGUGAAAUGGAGGAUUUUAAUAAAUCAAUUGAACCACCUGUUGUAACAAGUAUCGAAAAUGUUGAAUCUAAAGUUGAAAAUAAUGUUGAAACUCCUGUGGAUUCAAAUACUUCUGUAUCUGAAACCUCAGUAAGUGAAAAUAAAGAUGGAUCUAAUGAACAAUCAGAACAAUCAGAAAAAUCAAAUGAUGAAACCUCUGAAAACAAAGAAAAUGAUGAAAAUUCUGAAGAUAAACCUGAAGAAUUACCAAUUCCAAAACCAUUUAUAUCAACAACUGAUUAUCCAAAUUCUAAACUAGCACCAGAAUUAAUUAAAUAUUUAAAUUUUAAUCAAAAAAUACCAACAAAUUCACAAAUAUCACCAUUUUUCCAACAACCAAUUGCAGUUAUUCCUGUUUUUUUCUUACAAGGAUUUCUAAAUUUCCCAAUUCGUCUUUAUAGAUUUUAUACAAGACGUUAUUAUACUGAAGAAUAUGGGAAAUUGACUGUUGCAUUAGUUGAAAAUCAAACUAGAUCAUUUAAUAAAGAAACUGAUUUAAAUUUUGCCUUGGAUGAAGAAUUAGAAUGGCCUAAAAAAUGGGUUGAUAGAGCUAAAGAAAGACAAAGUGAAUGGGUUCAAGAAUUGACUGUUGAUGAUAGAGUUUUAAAUAAAUUAUCAGUUUAUGAUGAAGGAUAUUUAAAAUAA